CCAGAACUGGACAGUGAGUUAAAGAGCAGCAGCCGCUGACACAACAACAACAACAACAGCCAGAGCUUUCAUCCUGGCCACCAUGGAGUUUCUGGAAAGAACUUACCUUGUGAAUGACAAAGCCACCAAGAUGUACGCCUUCACACUAGACAGUGUGGAACUCCAGCAGAAACCCUUGAAUAAAGAUCAGUGUCCUGGAGAAAAGCCAGAGGAGCCGGAGUCAGGAGUCAUCCAUCACUGCCACCACAACUGCAAGGCCACAGAGGACAGGGCGCAGGAGCAAAUCUACGCCAAGUGGAAGCUCUGCGCUGCUUCAGGAAUAUGCUUAGUUUUCAUGAUUGCAGAGGUCGUGGGUGGGCACAUUGCUGGGAGUCUUGCUGUCAUCACGGAUGCUGCCCAUCUCUUAAUUGACCUGACCAGUUUUCUGCUCAGUCGCUUCUCCCUGUGGUUGUCAUCAAAACCCCCCUCCAAGAGGCUAACCUUUGGAUGGCACCGAGCAGAGAUCCUCGGUGCCCUGCUCUCCAUUCUGUGCGUCUGGGUGGUGACAGGUGUGCUGGUGUGCCUGGCAUGUGAAUGCCUGCUACACCCCGAUUACCAGAUCCGGGUGACUCUGAUGAUCAUCGUUUCCAGCUGUGCAGUGGCAGCCAACAUUAUACUAAGUGUGAUUUUAUACCAGAAACGCCCUGCCCACAAUCACAAAGAAGUGCAAGCCAAUGCCAGUGUCAGAGCUGCUUUUGUACAUGCCCUUGGAGAUCUAUUUCAGAGCAUCAGUGUGUUAACCAGUGCACUGAUUAUCUACUUUAAGCCAGAGUAUAAGAUGGCAGACCCGAUCUGCACAUUUGUCUUUUCUGGCCUGGUUUUGGCCAGCACCGUCACGAUCUUAAAGGACUUCUCCAUCUUACUCAUGGAAGGUGUGCCAAAGCACCUGAGCUACAAUGGUGUGAAAGAGCUCAUCUUAGCAGUGGAUGGGGUGGUGUCUGUGCACAGUUUGCACAUCUGGUCGCUAACAAUGAACCAAGUGAUUCUCUCUGUUCACGUUGCUGCAGCAGCCCGCCGGGACAGCCAGGUGGUUCGGAGAGAAAUUGCACGAGUCCUUAGCAGGCGCUUUCCCGUGCACUCACUCACCAUUCAGAUGGAGCUGCCAGCCGACCAGGAUCCCGACUGCCUUUUAUGCGAAGACCCUCAGGACUAGCCAGUUGCUCUGCCAGCUCCCCACGUUUGACAGGCCACGGCGUGCUGCUCCACAGUUUCUAAGAAACCAACAGAAGAAGUCUGAGAAACUCGUGAUACAGUACGAUCGAUGCACACUGUAUCCUUCUUUAUUUAGCUCCGUCCACCAUAAAUGAAAACGUGCUUAGAUUCAUCAGUCAAUUGGAUUAUCCACCCAUCAGUAGCUGUGUUCAUUCUAGAAAUGUAUGUAUAGAUUAGUCCUGACUGGGGCUGAAAUAACAGCUGUUUGUAACCACAGGUAAUAGAAAGUUCACCUCCCUUCAGUAAUGCAUCCCAAGGCUGAGUGGGCAAAACUGAACUCAGGAAGGAGUCUUACCAGGAAUCAGUGGCAAGGAAACAGUCACAAAAAUUUUUCCAAAACAUGAAAAGCGGAAGUAAGGAGAGCCGAGUCAGGGGUAAAAGCGAAUCUGGAGGUCCAGUAUUCUUGCCUAAAGAAUCCCAUGGAGAGAAGAGCUUGGUGGGCUACAGUUCAUGGGAUUGCAAGAGUCGAACAUGACUUAGCACAUGAGUAUGUAUGCAUGGCUCUUUAGAUAUGUCCCCUUAUUUCAUUCUAAUGACUUUUAAAAAGUGGAAAUUAAUACCAUCAUUGUAUAGAUAAAGCCAUAAAGGUUAAGUGAAUCAACCAAAGUCAUUUAUUAUUUCAUUUAAAAAUCUUUUUCAACACAGGCUAUGAGCAGAGCACCGGUAAACCAAGCUGACAUGCUCUCUGCCCUCACAGAACUCUUUCCCCUUUGGGAGGAGACAGGCAUUAUACUAAUAAACACCACCAAGAAUAUUCUACAAAUAGCAGCAAGUGAUAAGAAAGAAGAGAGGCUGAUUGA